UACAGAGAGGAAGACCGUGAAAGGAAAAGGAAAACGUGUGAUAAAGUGAUGUGUGCUUCUUGGUGAUGAAGUUGGCGCUCUUGGGCGGAGUAAGAUACAUUUCUAAGUGGAUAAGCGAUGUUCUGUUGUUGUUGUUGUCGUCAUCGUUAACAAUUCAUUGGGCCUCCCCCGAGCUGUCAAAUGUGUUCACUAUAUUUCUAAAUUGGGCUGUAAAUUUGGUGGUAGUUAUAGGCAAAGUGUUAACUCUAAUGUGUGCAUAGCUUUAAUAGUAAGUGGUAUUCGCUUUAGCUGGGACAAAGAUGUAUACUAAGUAAAUAUGAUUGGCUGUUUGUGUAGCUCGAUAUUAGCCAUUAACAUUGGUAUAGACUAUGCGAGUGUGUCCUUAAAAUCACCGGCUAAUUGUGUCAGUGGAAAUAAUGUCUGAUGGCUCAUCAGCGUAACUUUAGCUUGGUAUCUUGAAAACUGUGAUCUGCCUUUGUAGCCAACAGAAUAGUCCGAAAGCUUUCAUAGCCAAAUACGAAAGUCCAGCUUAAAAGUUUUCAGAUUUGGGAUUUUUGUUAACUUUAUUGUUCUUGCAUCGGACGUUUACUGUUUUCUGCUAUGCGGAACAGAGCGAUGUGUGUCACAAACUAUGUCGUGAAGCAAUAUGAACCGUGAAGCAUCGGAUAGUAGACUCAUCAUCGAAAGAGGAGAAAUGCGGAAGUGCUAAUAAAGGCGUGCGUUCAUUAAAACAGAUGUAUCGAGUGUAAAAAGACGUAAUGUUUAAUAAAGGCCCUUCCGCGUAAAGGAACUGAAGUACUCGCCGAUGUGAAGAUUUGCGAUAACGAUGAUGCACCGGUGGAUAAGGCACGCGCUUUAUGCAGUGGUCCUCGGUGUAUUUUUCGAACUCACAUGGAGUCUCGGAGAAAUUCAUGCGGCAAGGCACUAUGCCGGCGACAGUCGGGCAACACAACUCGGAAUAAAGUGGGCUAGUUACCGUGGGAGGAGAACAGCCGGGAGGUCCGUUCAGUCAAUACCUGCCGGAAUCCCAAAACUUUCAGAGCAAGAAUAUGAAGGGAUUCGAGACCAAUCACCUGUGGUUAGUGCAUUGGACAGUAUUAAGGAUGAUGACAUCUCGCAGGAGCUCAUUUUGCCACCGGAGUUAGCACCGGCAGAUAGUGAUAAAACUUUUGCGUCCAUGGUUGUAACAACGGUUGUGGGGGAAAAAGUUGCUUUGCCGUGUAGCGUCGAACCAGCGGAGCGUGCUGGGGACGACGCUGCUGUGCUCGUGCUAUGGUAUAAGGACGAGAUACCCCAGCCAGUGUUUACAGUCGAUGCACGUGCCUCUGGCGGAGCUUCCGGAACACAGCACCAUCAUACAAAUCAAAUCGGAGUACUACUCGGGCUCCGAUCUGCGCCGCAGACGUCCUCCCUUGAUCAACUAAACGGUCGCGCUACGUUCGAGAUCGACCAUAAACCGGCGUUUCUACAAUUUCAACCGGUGGCCGAAAGCGACGCUGGCGAGUACCGAUGUCGCGUUGAUUUCAAGCGCGCUCGUUCAAUGAACACAGUCAUUAAUCUUCGAGUUAUUGUACCUCCAGGACAACCCAUUGUGUCGACAGAAGAAGACGCUGAACCCGUUUUAUCCGACGGAUUAGCCGGACCAUUCAACGAAGGCGAACCGUUAACGUUGUUCUGUACCGCCAAGAUGGGCAAACCUCGAGCGAGUCUUCUGUGGCUGCACAAUGGACGCGUCAUCGACGAGUCCUUCUCGUAUGAUCUAAUCAAUAACGUGGUUCGGAAUACACUUGAAAUACCCGUCUUAAGUAGAGACCAUCUCCUCGUCACGUACAUUUGCCAGUCUACAAACAACAAUAUUACGCGGCCAUCGCAAACAACUAUUACCAUCGACGUUAACGUGAGACCUCUGGAUGUGAAAAUUGAAUCUAGUACUCGAGCCUUAUCCGCCGGAUCACCCGCAAAAUUCAUCUGUUCUUCAUCAGGAUCCCGACCUCCAGCUCAUUUGUCUUGGUGGAAGGGCAAUCAGGAACUAUUAGCUCAAAGUAAUGAAGAUUUCAUUGCAAAUGAUGAUGGCGGGAUGCUCGGAGCGAGUAGUACCGUUUCGGUACUGAUGUUCACUCCAAAGGCUGAAGACCACGGAGCGUCGCUCGUAUGUCGAGCGAAAAACACAAAUCUGCCAGAUAAAGCUAUCCAACAUACGCAGACUCUCGAUGUACACUAUGCUCCGCAAGUUACGUUGACACUAGGGGCUAACUUACGCCCUGACGAGAUCUUUGAAAAUCGUGAUGUUUAUCUGGACUGCGAUAUCAACGCAAAUCCAUUAACGUCAGAGGUUGUCUGGCACUUUGAGGGAAGAGAGCUACAGACAGAUAAGUAUAAUGGAAUCAUUGUAAGCAGUUCGUCGCUCGUCCUUCAAAAGGUGUCGAAGUCACAACGGGGCUGGUACACCUGUUCUACGUCCAAUCGGAUGGGAUCUGUCGUGAGCAAUCGCCUUUUUCUCAGAGUUAAAUAUGCUCCGCGUUGUCAGCCAGGACAGCGUCAUAUAUUUGGUGUAGAUAUCUUUGAAAGCGCUCAGAUCACGUGCAACCUUGAUGCGGACCCAUCGGAAGAGAUCGACUUCACCUGGUCGUUCAACAAUAGCGGCUACCUUGACAACAACGACAGCUACAGCCACAAUCGACACCAUCCACAACCGAGGCGAUACAACUCCAACUAUAAUCCUAAUUCGUUGAACUUACGGCGUUCAUCAAGUGAUAUUAUCAACUACCAGCCGCUGACUGAGCAGGACUAUGGUGAACUGCUCUGUUUUGGUAGAAAUGAGGUCGGAGUACAAAAAGUUCCUUGUGUGUAUUACAUAACGCCAGCCAUGCCCCCACAAGCCCCUGAGAACUGUACCCAAGUAAAUGCUACUGACAAUGGAUUCACCGUAGAGUGCUUCGAAGGACUUGAUGGCGCAUGGAACGGUGGCCAUAUUCCCCAAUAUCUCUCGUACGUAGCCGAACUUUACGACUCGGAUCAUGCCGUCAAUAUGUCCUUAGGCGUGGCAAGUGUUAGCGCAGCAACCCUUAUGAAAUCACCUGCAGCGCCAAUGUGCCUCGCCAACGUGUCAGUCGCCGGGACGCCGGGAAACGCGCCGUUGCUAUUUGUUUUCGCGGAUGUUCCUCGUGCGGAAAAUAAUGAGGCCGGGUAUCGAGUUUAUAUCUAUGCUGUAAACAGGAAAGGCCGCAGUACGGUCACUCGCGUGGUAGCUCAUGUGCUCAACGCGUCGAAGUAUACCCAAACCAGCGGUGGAGCCGUUCGCUUAGCGGUACUUCGACCGGUUCUUGGCCUUCUGCUAGGCCUCCUCGUGACUUCAACUCUGAUUGGGAUCUUCGCCUUUACAGUGGCCACGUGCCACAAGCGAUGUCAAGACGCUCAACAAAAUGGCUGCGUGUCACAGAAGGACAUUAACAAAUGGGGCAUGACCCUACUAAAGUCCGAAUCUACAGGACACCCAGGGCCAGACGCGGACAGUCUUGAGUGCGACUGUAAUUCGCCGAUCUGUCACUCCCUACCACCUCUGCCACUGGAUACUGACGGCCGAAGUCCUUCGCUUCUCGACCUCAACCAGCAACAGAACUCAGAUGCAGAGUCGCGUUGUCAUCGACGUCGCCGCCAUCACUAUGGGCAUCAGCAGCUUCAUCUUCAGAAAGAUCACGCGAUCCAUCCGGAUAUCAUUCAGCAACAACAGUCCCCGCGCGAAUUUACCAAGCUAGCGUCGUAUACGGGUGGACGCUACAUCGAUCAUCGCCCGGACCCAGAUCUCAGCCACUCUCACGAAUACCGUGACAUCAGCUUAAUUCACGCUUCUGUCGUACCCGAUUGUAUAGAGAUCACCCAUAAUCAAAGCUAUGAAUCCGGUCAUACCGCAGAUCGAAGCGAUGAAAUUAAUGUAGGCGGCGCGAUUUUGACGUAUGCUGAUUCCCCUACACAUUUGUUGAAUCAGGCCCAAUGCACCCCGCCAAACCCGAGACUAAAAUGUAACACGCCUUGUGACAAUGGCAAGACGAGGUCUGUAUCAAUUAAGACUGAUGGCUCACCAUCCAACGCCGACAGCUGCAGUCGUUUUUCGGCUGUCGUACACCAAAAGAUACCACAAACGGUCGACGACCUCCUCAUUAAUGAUUCGUCGUCGGCCUUUUACGGCAGGCCACGGCACAGCCAGCCAUCUUCAAAGGCAACUACCAAUAAGAAUUCCGCUGUUUUAGCCACGCAGAGAAGCAACAGUGGCGAAACCCUGUCUUUUACCGGAACAGGCGCCAAUUUGUCAAGCAAAACCGAUAAUGAUCUCACAUCGUUUAUCAGUAGAGAUGACAGCAAAUCAAACUCACGGGAGAGCUGUGUCUAGCAUAUACCGUUCACAAUCUAAACGGAGCUGAAAAACUCGCGAUUAUCACUUUAUGGAAGCUCUGAAGAUGUAGGCGAUCAAAGCAUAACACCUUAGAAUCCGUUGCUAGGUUCGACCUUGACUAAAAGGACAUUGCUCACAAUUUCGAGGUUACGUUAGUAUUUUUUACAUUUGUCUAUUCGAUCACAUAGACUGGGCGAAGGUCUUGAGUCUGAAAAAUGUUUGCCCUUUUCGACUGAUCGGCCUGAAUCAGAUGAAUAAUUUGAUGAGAGUGAGUGAAUCGCUUACGCAGGUAAGUCAAGUCAUAUUGAUAAACAGAAGGUCAUCAAAGAUGUAGGACAAUUUUUUUUUGUAAUCAGGUUUUAUUAAUUCUCUGAUUUGCGGAUAAUCGCUCUCAGGUCGAACGAGGUGAUUAAAUAUGUAAGACAGGAUUGCUUUCGUUUCAGCCAGUGAGAAAGUCUAUUUACCACAUGAGUGGCCGCUAGCAUUUGAGCAUUUUUAGAACGAUACGAUAGAAUAGAUACGUUCCAGAUAAAGCAGCGUGACAAAGCAAAUUUUCGGCAAACGCUAGAAAAUAACUUCUUCAUUACUUAGAAAACUAGCUAGUGUAGAUGACACUUAAAAAACAACGUAAAAAAUUGCCCUUAAUAUAUUUUUCUUGAUCAUUUAGGUUGCAAACUUUUGCUAACCGUACGACCUAGUUACUAUUGUUAUGUAACAUAUUAGCGUGUGUGACGUUGGUUAUACGGUGCGAAGCAGCGGCCUCAUUCAAGCAAAGGCUUCACUGACUAACGUACUGAAUAUCUGUAAUCAAACAAACCUUUAUUUUUGUUGAUUUCCCCGAGUCUCACUUUUCUAUACCCAUUUAUAACACAAAUCCAGCCCAGACCCACUUGAGUCUCACGAGCAUUUCCGUUUUGAAUAGCAUCUUAAUAUCUCAAUUUACAGAAAUACGACGUAUCAUAACCCAUAGAGAUAUAUUUAAGCGUUGCAAUAACACUAUUAACAAAGCUUGCCUAUACAAGAGGGUUCGACUAUACAAACAACGUAAUAUUAAUGUACAUGUGCCUCGUGCCGUUCAUGUCGUCGCUGUGCCGUUUUAGCUGCCUAAGCAAAAAACGUAUGAAUAUAACUCUGUUUUAACAACAAUUGCACGUGUCAUCUCCAAGAACGUAUCAUCCCCUUUACCUUCACACGUAUAGAGAGGUCAAGUUAAAGUGAAUUCAUUGCAUAACUAUUCCAUCUAUUCCAGCUAUUCCGAAUAAAUACUAUUAGGACGAACUAGAGUGAAAAUUAGUGGCCGGUUCUUAGGGACGAGCCUCAGCCUAGUUCCAGGCAAAUUCAUUUAGACAUUCAUCCCAACUCCAGACACAUAGAGCAGUGCUUAAGUAGCUGAUCGUAAUUAACAUGGAUCUGGAUACUGAUCCUUGACCUUUCGCUCCGAUUGAAAAAAUUACAGAUAUCGCUCAGAUUUUGCUCUUCCAUAAUAUUUGAAAAAUAUUUAUUAUUAUUAUUAUUAAUACUGAUUUCAGUUAUCGGGACCGUGGGAGUUAACUUCAGACGACACCAGAAUGGAGAACACAUUAACACUGAGUGACUCAAUCGAGAAACUAUAUAAAAAUUUAUAUAGAAAAAAUAUAUUUCAGAAAUAUUAUAUUUCAAUAAAUUGAUGCUGAAUCAAUAUAUAAUAAUCUACAAGUAUACAUAGUUUAGAUAUGUUCUGCAAUAAUGAUUAUCAAACUAUAAUGAAUAGUCUACAAACUCAGUUUAAUAACAGUCCCUCAUAUGAUCUAUAUGAGUCAUACGACAGAUCCAUAUACAUCUACGCAACAACUAUGGAAACGUACUGAAAGCGAUAAAAUUGCUGAGAAUCAUCACGGUUUGAUCUUGGUGGGACGCUGUUGUCUAAGACACAUCGUUUUAUGGUUAUGAUCGAAUCGAGUUUGGGUAAACGGCUAAACACGUGGUGUACAUGAUGAAUCAAUUGGGUACACUUAGAAAAGAAGAUCUGACUCUGUAUCAUGAAUGGAUAAAUUUUACGUAUAAGUUACAAGUCUGACGUACGCCUCUCGCCAUAUAUUGUCGAUUGAUUCAAAUUUUCAGCUGUAAAAAUGUUAAUUAUAUUUGACAUUCCAUAUUUGAAUAUACUAACAAUAACAUAAUCCAUGAAGUGUGAAGAAAAAUACUACUACAAGCAACUGAAGAUAAAAUUAGGUAAUAACGAACACGCAAAUUACAAUUUUAUAUUCCGGAAUUUCUAUGCACAACAAACGAUGAAACAUCACAAGGCAAAUAGAGGUGACAUCUAAGCCAUGCCCCCCACGGGUGAACAUGCAACUGACGCUGAAAUUUACACCGACAGAAACCAACGGAAGAAUUGAAUCAGCCUCGAUGAACUGAUAAAAUAAUCCGUUUGGAUUUGUUUUUUUUUUAAGCGGAAUACAAGAAAACGUGUGGCUUUUUUCCUUGCGACGUAAACCCAGCACCAACCAAUACAAUGUAGCCUUGCUGGAUACGAGUCAGAGGAUUUCCAGUAUUAGCAAUGUCUUCUCGAAGCCAGUUUGAACUGAUGCAUAUAUAUAUAUAUAUAUAAACCUCAUACGACAAAAAACAAUACGUGUCAUGGCAAUACAGUAAAGACAACGAUGAUUACGCCAAUACAAACGGCAAUAAUCUCGGCAAAAAAUUAUCUAGACCAGUACACGUACGGUGGCCAACGACCGGGUGUCAGGAAGCACGUAAAUCGAUAUAAGAUAGGUGUAUGCAAAGAAUGAUCCGAGAGCAGAACAGGACGUCAUAUAAUGUGUACAAGUGUAAAUACCAAUUAUAUUUUGAUAAAUGUUUAUAUGAUACAAAGUGAC